CACAAACUUUCUUUCCUAUUCACUCACUGUUAUCUUUAUUCAGCAAAUCCGACCGAACGGAUAGCAGCAGUAGAAACUCAGUUGUUAGAAUUCCAGGGAAGCUGUUUGCCAGUGAAUUGGAGGGAAACCGUUUGAGACUCCGCUGCGCUCCUGUCGUCCACUUGCGUGCAAUGACUCUUGCGGUUGUUUGCCAGAAGCUGCCAGCCGCUUGUCACCCAUGCUUAGGACUACUUAGAUAGGAGACAAACACCGGAUGCUUUUGGCUGCCAUCAAUUGUCCAUCACUUUCUCUCGAGGUAUUUAAAGGCAAGGAUAAUAAUCUACCUCUUACUACCCACGCCCUCGCUGUCCGUAAACAUUGAUUCCCAACCUACGCCCAAAUUUGUUUUCAGUUGUCCAUCGCACCUUGACCAUACAGCUAUUGAACUCCGAGAUCGCGGGAGUCAAAUUAGAACGGCUACCCCACGAACUUGACCCCAAACCCUCGCGAACAACAUGACCAUCGACGUCGCAUCCGACACCGCGGAUGGCACUGCAUUUUUCUAUGGCACAUUGAUGGCGCCAGAAGUAUUCUUCACAGUUUGUUAUCGCAAUUCGCCCAUAGAUUCCAAAUUUCUCAAGUCGCUUCAUGAGUUCAAGCCUGCACUCCUCCAUGGCUACUGUCGUCGGCGCGUCCGCCAUGCUGACUACCCCGGCAUCAUUCCUGACGCUGACCACGAAGUUCGGGGCACGCUUGUCACCGGUUUGACCUCGGCCAACAUCCACCAUCUCGAUUUCUUCGAAGGUUCAGAGUACACCCGCGAGAAAGUCAAAGUCAAGCUCCUGACCAAGGUUGGCGAUGAUGAGGGCCAAGGCAAUGUAGAGGGUGGCGAGGUUGAGACAAACGUCUACGUCUUCAAGCAUCCCGAGUAUCUUGAGGAGCGCGAAUGGGACUUCCACGAGUUCCGCACUCAGAAAAUGAAACGAUGGACCAGAGAGGAUUAUGGUUUUGAUGACUCGGACGACUUCGCUCCCGUUCAAACUGACGUGGAAGAGAAAAUGGGUGCCGCUGUCUAAGUACAACUUUCGCGAGACCGAACUGUCUGCCGAUGGCAAUUCAUGUCCGAAUGACUUGAAGAUAUGAUGUCGCUUGAGACUAUCGUUGCAUCUUGGCUCUACAUGUAGAAAAAUGGCAUGUCACACAUAAGUAUAGAAAAGGCUAUGGCACUACUACACUCUUACUUCGAUAACAAUUGCUGCAAUUCAUGUCCCAAUCACGUACUCAUGUGCGCUUCACUUCUGCGUUGUUCCGCACUCAGUCAACGUGGCCCGGGCGAAUAGUUUCAGUUAUACUCUUAGACUCAUU